AUGGAAAUAUUUCUCUACUGUAUCCCUGAAAAUUGUGAUGCCCCAAGAGAUCAAACUAUGGUAGAGCGAAAUUUGAUGGAAGGCCGCAAGAAAUGUUACUCAAACAUUCAAGCAGAAGAAAUGUUUGUCAUAGACAGUAUCAGAGCAAUCGUUAAAGAUGCAGAUAUAAACCAAGAAGCUCAGAAGGUCAAAAUGAAAGCCAUGUUUCAAGAACUGCAGUAUAGAUUCAGUAAAGAAUCAAGAGGAAAGAUAUACUGCCGUCCAGACUUUAGAUUGCAGGACUACUGGAUAAACUGGGUGAUAGAAUUCAGGUGGAACAACUUAGAAAGAGGCCACAAAUAUGAUCCAUAA